AUGCUACCACAAGCAAGGGGCGCCUCUGAUGAGGCCACCUUUGACAAGAGGAGAUCAGUCAGUUACGAUAACCCAAGGAUCAAAACGCCUCACAACGAUGCAUCCCGACACGAAUUGCCUAAUCAAUAUGAAUAUCAGACUCCGCAUGCAUAUCAGAGGAUAGCUUCUGAUGGUGUUAUGUAUAAUCCACCUCAUUGGAAUCUGAGCCAGAGCCUGAGCUUGAAUCAAAGUCUGAAUCAAAGUCUGAAUCAUAGCCUGAAUCAAAGCCUGAGCCAAUAUAUAAAUUCGCAAACGUAUAGACGCCAAUCGUACCAAUCGCAGUUGGACUCAAAAGAAUUUGAGUUUCUCAUACCAUCUGCAUCAUUUAGUCCAGUUGUAGAAUCUCCUACGGGUGGGUCUAACUCCGAAGGUGGAGCAUCGCCGUCACCACCAAAGUCGCUAACACAAAGUGUCAACUCCAAUGCAAUUGGAUCCAUCAUUGGCAGCUACAACUAUGGCAAGACCUCAAUGAAUCUGGAGGCAGCUUCAAGUCGUUCGAGCUUGACAAAGAUGCAGUCAAGUGAAUCUCGAGAUGCCAGAUCGUUUCAAGAGAGUGCGCCAACAUAUUCACAUUACAGAAACAGUUCCGAUACGUCCACGAUUUCAAACAUGUCUAAUGUUGACCACCUCAACAAGAGUAAACGGUUUGUUCGUUAUGCCAUGGAUACCCAAUCUGAAGCGCUGAACCCGUCAAAAAAAUGGGGCAUUUACAACGUGCUUUCUUGGUUGCAAUAUCAUCAGUUUAAUAGAUCUUGGCAAGAUACAUUCAGAAAUAAUGAAAUCUCGGGGAACAGAUUUUUGGAGCUAGAAAAUUUUAGCAAGGACUCGUCUAUUUGGAUACAGUUUUCCAAAUAUUUGGAAUUAGACGACAACAUGAAUUCCAUCGACAGAUUUAUACAUUUGCUCCAUGAAGAAAACUUGAAAGAGAAUUCACUGCUUGAAAUACCGUCCCCGGUGAAUUUGAAAUACGAACAUAGGAAAUCAACUUCGAAUCUUCCAACUACUACAAAUACAUACUCGCUGUUUCAAAGACCAGUAUCGUACGUUGAGAUGACGAGGCAGAAAGAGCCAUUACCAUCUCCUUCCUCGCUGCAUACGUUAUUCAAAAAAGGGCACCGGCAAAUCAACAGUGACGGGAAAGAAAAGAAAGGCCACAAAUCAACAAAUAGUGAGGGCAAGGAGAAGAAGAAAUCAGUGGUGGUUGAGGAACCAAAGCAUUCAAAACUGGAGGCAAGAAAGUCGAGUGGGAUAAUGAACACUAUUCGUAAACUUGGUGGUGACAAAGCCGCAGGUAUUGUUAAACCAUCGGGUAAUAAACAAUCUAAUAAGUCAAUCCCCAACUCACAAUUAAAUGAACCUCUUGCUAAUCAGCAAAAGAUUGAGUUGGAAUCAUAUCCAUCAUGGGAAACUACAAAGGAAGCAAAGAAAAAACAUCUGCCUACACAAUCAAUGGUAUUUCCCAAUACAGCUACUGUACCUUUACCGCUGCAACCUCCACAACAUCCACAACUGUCUACUGCUACUACCACGAAAAGUUCAGUGCCCAAUAUUGCACAGCAACCUAAAAGCUCAACGAUGCAUCUGCAAGUACCAACUCCACUGCAACAAGCUGUACACUACUCGGCGCCGCAACUGCAACAGGUUUCCAAACCUGUUCCAGGAUCGGAACUUACUCGAAUACCAUCUUUGAAAAUUGUAAACUCGCCAUCUUUACUUGAUCCAUGUUACAAGCCCAAGCAACUUGAGAUUGAUCGCAUGACGAUUUUAGUGACAAAAGACGGACAAACAUUCACAACCGUUUUUGUUCUGAAAUCUCAGUUACUGGAUAUAGAGCUUAUCAAGAGACAGGUUAUAAAGGCAUUGGACCUUUUGGAAUUUGGGAGUAUUACUUUUCAUUUAACAGACUUUGGUGCAAUGGAAGGAUCUGCACUUUCAGACGAUGUAUUCGAACUAGCUCUUUCUUUGUCCGAUGUUCCCAAAAUUAUGGUGAAACAGGAGAUCAGAUCACCGCAUGAAACAAACUCUUCAGAUUCGAAAUCAUUUGAUACAAAUAGUUUCAAGUCUACUCCUGUAAAUUUACUUCAAAAAACAAACGAUACGAGUGUCGACUACUGGAACUUUAAAGAUGAAGCACUGUUUGCAAAAGUUGCAGAGAGUCGAACACCUGAUCACUUUUCUGUUCCAGGAUCAAGCUCGUAUAUUCACCAGCCUCACUCGCCGCAACAACAACACCAACAACACCAACAACACCAACAACACCAACACCAUCAACAACAUCAACAACACCCACAACACCAUCAACAACAACAUCAACAACAACAUCAUCAUCAUUACAUACCAAACUACAAGCCGUCUACUGCACUCGAGGAAUUGAGAAACAAACAACUUCAGCAAAAGAAUUUACAAAAUUUUCCACUUAGGUUACCAUUUGGGAAUAGAAAAAAACUCACUCCUAUGCUUCAAGUGAAUACAUCGCCGUUGCAAGCAGAAAAUUCACUAUCACCAUCUCCUCAAGAUUCAUCAUCUUUCAAGGUUUUGCGAAAAGGUGCUAAGGAGAUCGAUUUUGAUGAACGUCGCAAAUCGCCAUAUGAAAAGAAGGCUCCAAAAUUGAUUCCAAACAUUUACGCUUCCUCAGUGGCCAAUACUACAUUAUCCCCUAUAUCUGCAAGUACUGUUUUAACUUUGCGAGAUGACCGUAGAGGAUCAACAAAUGAAGAGCAUCAAAGAACAGAAGCUGAGAAUAAAGAACAUCAGAAUGUUCAACAGGGCCAAAGAGACCAAAAGGACCAAGUAACGCGGACAGGCUCGGCUGGUUGGGAAAGUCAAGCAAGUGUUGGAGGUGAGUCCGGGGAUUAUCGCAAAGCAAUGCUUGAAAAGAGUAAUAGUAUAAUUGCACGAAGAGCAGCACCGCCGCCACCUUCUCAAGGCUCUCUCAAGCUUCAAAAAAGGCGUCUGAAAACUGAUGAAGCAUCGAAAAAGUCCUUUGAAAGGUCCAGAGUAUCGAGUGGUGUAUCCAACUAUGCUUCCAAUGAUGCUUCCAAUGAUGCAUCCAAUGACACAUCCAAUGAUAUAUCCAACGACAUAUCCAAUGAAGUGUCUAACGACAGCGAGGAAGAUUUCUUUGUAAAACCUUUGCUGAAGGUUUCGAUAAAAGUAUCUGCCCCUGCAGGCAAUGAAAGGGACAAUGAUCUGAAAUCAAUAGAUCAAAGUGAUUCGGAUGAUGAUUUUUUUGUAAAGCCCAUGAAAACAAAGGCGAACCAAAAACUAAAUCAAAAACCAAAACUCGAAACAAAAUCGAAAAUUUUAGUCAAUACUUCAAGCUCAGUUGAAGCUUUGGCUAAAGCACCUUUCAACGUCCAAGCGCAAGUAUCUCACCCAAUGGCUGUGAGACCACCUGUUGAGGAAGUUUAUGACAAUCUUGAAAGGUUUUUCCCGCAUACUAAUCUUGAUAAGCCUAUUCUUGAUGUUGACGAUGUCACCACUUCACCUACUGUGGCGAAACGAAAACCUACGAUAUCGAGAACCUUUUCUAGCGCUAACAUAUCUCCUAAACUUGCAAAUAAGGAAGCUUCAUCAGACAAUUUCCAAGUGCGUAGAAUGAAAACGAUUCGAGGUGUUGCAAAUGCCAGACGGAAUAUAAUGCUUCAAAACCAGGGUCUCUCGUCUAUUCGUUCAGAUGCAUCCAAAAGUAAACAAUCCAGUUUGAAACGAACAAACACAAAGAUGUGGGGGCAAAAAGUUUAUGAAGUUACUAGUUCCGAGAUUGAGAAAGGGUUUGUUAGUAAGCUUCGAAAUAAGCAAGGCCACUAUGAAAGCUUUUUGUGGAUUAAAGGUGAGUUGAUUGGUCGUGGCUCGUACGGGAGCGUUUACCUUGCACUUAAUGUCACUACUGGUGAGAUGAUAGCAUUGAAACAAGUCUUUGUGCAGACACAAAUUGAUGUAGAGGACUUUAACAAAGAGAUUAAAAAUAUGAAGGAUCUUGACCAUGCAAACAUUGUGCAGUAUUUGGGUUGCGAGAGACAAACAAAUAUGUACUGUUUGUUUAUGGAGUAUGUUGCUGGUGGUUCAAUAGCCAGUUGUUUGAAAAGUUAUGGUCGGUUUGAUGAAACUUUGAUCAAGUUUGUUACUAAGCAAGUCCUACUUGGUCUCAAAUAUUUACACAAUAACAACAUCAUUCACCGUGAUCUCAAGGCUGAUAACCUUUUGCUAGACCUCGAUGGAACAUGUAAGAUAUCUGACUUUGGAAUUUCGAAAAAAAUCAGUGACAUUUAUGCUAAUAACGCCAACAUGUCGAUGAAAGGUACUAUAUUUUGGAUGGCUCCCGAGGUAAUUGAUAAUGAGGCUCAGGGAUACAGUGCCAAGGUUGAUAUUUGGUCGUUGGGCUGUGUUGUAUUGGAAAUGUUUGCUGGCAAACGACCAUGGUCCAACGAAGCUGCGAUCAGUGUUCUUUACAAAGCUGGAAAGGAAAAGUUGUCGCCACCAAUACCACAGGAUAUCGCACAUUUAGUGAGCAGUGAAGCAGAGAAUUUCAUCAAGAGAUGUUUUAUUAUAGACCCAAUGUUGCGGCCUACUGCAGAAACCUUACUUGAAGAUCCUUUUGUCACUUCAAAUGAAGAAUUCUGCUUCGAAGCUACAGAAAUGGCGAGAAUCAUCAAAUAUAAUAGUAAGCUCACGCCAAAUUAA